AUGCCCCCACAUCGACUGUAUGCUUCCCCGUGUGCCCCCCCCCGCUGUAUCCUCUCGCAUGUGCUGCCCACCAUUGUGCUGCCCACCAUUGUGCUGCCCACCAUUGUGCUGCCCACCAUUGUGCUGCCCACCAUUGUGCUGCCCACCAUUGUGCUGCCCACCAUUGUGCUGCCCACCAUUGUGCUGCCCACCAUUGUGCUGCCCACCAUUGUAUCGCUGCUUGAUUCUGCCUCUGUCGCGCUGGCAGCGCUGCGGGUGAGCAGCGCUGAGCUGGCGCACUGCAGUGCCGCCCUGGCAGCCAUGCUGGGCCGCCCGGCCCGGGCCGUGGAGGGGCGGGUGAUGGAGGAUUUUAUUGCCCGGGAUGACGUGGCAGCCUUCCAGGCGUGGUUCUCUACAGUCUCUGACGCCGUCCUACGUGGCGCGUCCAUGUCAGCGCCAGCGUGGCAGCGGCAGCGCCAGCACGACGUGCGGCUGGUGCUGCCGGGCGGCAAGCUGCGUCCUGUGCGGAUCACGGUCGAGGCCGCCCCUCCAACUUCCACUGGUGGAGGAGUGGGAGCAGGGGUAGCGGGUGGUGGUGGUGAUGCUGCUGCUGCUGGUGGUACUGGGAAUCAUGUGUCGAUGGUCAUGGCUGUGAUUUGCGACCUGGCAGCUGCCAGCACUGCGAAGCCGCCCUCCUCAGAUCGCCACCGCUUCAUUCUGGAGCAUCUACCUGCGGGCGUGGUGCACGUGCUGCCGCAGCCGGGGGGAGCGGGGGGGCCAGGGGGAGCGGGGGGAAAGGGUGGGGAGGUGCUGGUGAAUGCGCAUGUGGAGGCGAUAGUGGGGUACUCGCGGGAGGAGCUGGGGAGUGUGGACGAGUGGUUCUCGCUGCUGUUCCGGGAGCGAGAGGCCGAGAUCGCAAGGCAGGCUUCCCUCACCUAUGCUGCAUUGCAUGCUCUGCGUGUGGUGCGCAAGGUGAUGGAUGCGGACAGGAAGGCGGGGUUCCCCCAUCCGCGCACCAUGCGUGUGGUGCGGAGCGACGGCGAGCAGCGGUGGGUGGAGGUGGUGGGGCGCGACUGCAGCAAUCUUUCCUCUUCCAGUGACAUAACCGGGGGAGCAGCGGAGGGGGGAGGGGGCGGGGAGCUGUGGGUGGUGAGUGACAUCACGGACCGGCUGAUCGUGCAGGAGAAGUUCCGCCUGCUCUUUGACUUCUCCUCGGAUGACUAUCUGGUGUGUGACGAGACGGGGAUCACGGAGUGCAACAAGGUGGUGGUGAGGUGGGGUUGUUGCACUCCACGAGACGGGGUCAUGGAGUGCAGGGGGCACAAGGACGGCUACCUGGUGUUUGAUGAGACGGGCAUCACCGAGUGCAACGAGGCGGCGGUGCGCUGCCUGCGCUGCCCCGACAAGGCCAGCCUGCUGGGCCACCACCCCGCGCUCUUCUCGCCGCUGAAGCAGCCGGACGGGCAGCUGUCCAAAGAGAAGGCUAAAGCCAUGGACCGGAGGGCAGAGCAGCACGGCAUGCACAAGUGCGUGAGGAGGGGAGGGGUGGGUGGGAGGGGACGUGGUGGGCAUGCACAAGUGCGUAGGGGGGAAGGAUGGGGGGGUGGGGUUUGGGUGGAGGGGAGGCGGGGGUGGUUGCAGUUUGAGCGGGUGUACCAGCGGUUUGACGGCUCGUUGGUGCCCAUAGAAGUGACUUUGACGUUCCUGGAGGUGCAGCAGCAGCACGCCAUGUACUUGGUGGUGUGGCACGAGGUGGCCGAGAUCAAGCAGCAGGCGGAGGAGCUCAGAGCCGCCAACACUCGCCCCCUCUCCUCCCUUUCAUCCCUCCCUUUCAUCCCUCCCAUCCCAUCCCUCCUAUCCCCUUCCGUCCCCUCCUCCCCGCCCCUCAGAUUCGAGUGGGUGUACCAACGUUUCGACGGCUCUCUAGUCCCAAUAGAAGUGACGCUGACGUUCCUGGAGGUGCAGCAGCAGCACGCCAUGUACUUGGUGGUGUGGCAUGAGGUGGCCGAGAUCAAGCAGCAGGCGGAGGAGCUCAGAGCCGCCAAGGACGCCGCUGAGAAGGCCAGCCAGGCCAAGAGCCAGUUCCUCGCCAACAUGAGCCACGAGAUCCGUACCCCCAUGAACGGUGUGAUUGGAGUGGCGGAGCUCCUACUGGGCACGGACCUCACAGCGGAGCAGCGCUCGUUCCUCGAGAUCAUCCGGUCGUCCUCUCCUUUCCCUAUCUCUCUCUACUGCCCGUCCCCCUCUCAAACUUUCGUCCAGGUGACAGAGGCGCUGGCGCUGCUAGAGGUGGUGGCGAAGGACAAGGGGCUGUAUUUGGAGCUGGAGAUCGCUGAAGAGGUGCCGUCCGUAGUGGUGGGCGAUCCAGUGCGGUUGAGACAGGUGCUGCUGAACCUCAUCUCCAACUCCAUCAAAUUCACUGAUAACAGAUGGAUGGAAGGAACGAUGGUUCUGCAAAGAGGCAAACAGGUGGGUUCGUUGUUGAACGUCCUCUUUGACUCAUCGCCUCCCCUUUCCCCUCUGUUCCCCUCUCCCCCCGCACCUCUUCCCCUCCCCCCUCGCACCUCUUGCCUCCCUUCCCUCCUUCCCCGCCCCUUCCCGCCUUCCCCGCCCCUUCCCUCCUUCCCCGCCCCUGCCCUCCUUCCGCGCCCCUGCCCUCCCCCCCCAGUGGCGGAAUCACAGUGGACCUGCGUGCGGGACACAGGAGUGGGCAUGGACGAGAGUGCGCGCAGCCGGCUGUUCAAGGCGUUCUCGCAGGCCGAUAACUCCACCAGCCGCCGCUACGGUGGCACGGGGCUGGGCCUGGCGAUCUGCAAGAGCCUCUGCAAUUUGAUGGGGGGCGAUAUCAGCCUUCACAGCCAGGUGGGCGUGGGGUCCACCUUUUACUUCCACGUGCGGGUGGGCGUGGUGAGGCGCGACGCCCAGUCAGCCACGGCAUCGGCGGAGCAGUCGCUCACAAGUGACGUGGAGCCGCUGUGGAAGCACCUGCAGGACCUCAGAGUGCUCGUUGCCGAGGACAACAAGGUUAAUCAGAUGGUGGCGACGCGCAUGCUGCACAACCUGGGCCUCAAGUACGACGUGGUGGAGAACGGCAAGCUCGCCGUGCGCGCGUGCUCCGAGCGCUGCUACGACGUCGUGCUCAUGGACUGCCACAUGCCAGAGAUGGAUGGGUUUGAAGCCACGAGGAAGAUCAGGGAGAUGGAGGUGGAGAGGCUGCAGGUGUACACAGCAGCCAUGGCCGCCUGUGGUAACGGCUCCCCUUACGGCAGCGCCGCCAGCUGGGUGGAUAAAAGCGAUGCCAGCGAUAGUGAGGCUAGUUCCCCCUCCCAGCCCCGAAGGGCUCAUAUGCCCCCGCGGCCGCACCGGACGUUUAUCGUCGCGCUUACUGCGUCUGCUCUUAGCGAGGAUAAGGACAGCUGCAUGGCUGCUGGGAUGGACUAUUAUUUAUCGAAGCCGAUCCGGCCGCGGGAGAUUGAGAAGGCGAUCAGGGAGAGCUUGACCCAGGCGAAGAGCCCGACGGGUGAGUUAAAGCCCACGUCGCCGCAGCUGAGGUACCAGCAGACGAAGCGGCAGCUGCUGCUGCAGCAGCAGGAGCAGCAGCGGCAGCAGGAGCAGCAGAGGCAGCAGGGUGUGGGGCGGGACGGGAGGGGGGCAGGAGGGGAGAGUGAGAGAGAGGGGAGGAUACUGUUGAGCUGUGCCUCUGAUGACUCCUCCCGGGGCCGCCCCCGCCCCCGAGGAGGGGCCGCCGCACCCCCUGGCCCCACUGCUGCUAGUGCUGCCGGUGCUGCCAGUGGUGGCAAGGGUGGUGGCAGUGGCUUGGGUGGUGGCAGUGGCAAGGGUGGUGGCAGUGGCUUGGGUGGUGGCUUGGGUGGUAGCUUGGGUGGUGGCUUGGGUGGUGGGAUGGGAGAGGUGGGAGGUAGACGAGGAGGAGGUGCAGGUGGUGGCAUUGCUGCUUCUGCUGGCAGUGGUGGACGUGCUGGUGGUGGUGGUGGUGGAGAUACUGGUGGUGGUGGUGGUGGAGGUGGAGUUGCGUUUGCAGCAUCCCCUCAGGCUCACACCAGCUUCCCUCGCUCUCGCAGCUCUGCCGCGCCCAGGUCAGCCGAGUCCAUCCCUCUUGAUCCCGGGGCAGGCUUGGCUGGACCUGAGGCUCGGCACCGAGCCAAGUCUCCCCUGGUUCGGGCGAAGUCAGGUGUGGGGCCUGAAAUAGGCAGAAUGCGAAGAGGAGAGAGAGGAGGAGAGGGGGGUGGGAGAGGAGGAGGAGGAGGAGCAGGAGGAGGAGGAGGAGGAGGAGGAGGAGGAGGAGGAGGAGGAGGAGGAGGAGGAGGAGGAGGAGGAGGAGGAGGAGGAGGAGGAGGAGGAGGAGGAGGAGGAGGAGGAGGAGGAGGAGGAGGAGGAGGAGGAGGGGGGGGGGAGAAAGGAAGGAAGUUCCUAGACGCCUUGCCAGCAGCAACGUCAGCAGCUUCCAGGAAGCUGCACGGGCAGGGGGAUGAGUGUCUGCCGGCCAGGCAGCCUUUUUCAGCCCUGUCUGUGCGCGCCCCGCUCGCGCUCCAUGUCCAUGUCCAUCGCUUACAUGAACUUCCAGACACCUUCCCUCCACUGCUCCCCCCCAACCCCCCGUUUCUUCAGGUGGAGAGUGACGACGAGGAGGACGAGGAGGGGGUGCUGGGAGGGGGGUCCAACGGAGGCUUCUCCCAAGGCUGGCUCGCCGGCAGAACCGGCAGCGGCUCCUAUGCCGCUGGCCCUUCUGCUUCUGCCUCUGCUGGUGCUUCUUCUGCUGCUGCCCGCGCUUCCCCUGCUGGUGCGAGCGGGUCAGACAGUGGCAACGGGGGGAGGUUGGGCGGAAGGCCUGGAGGGUUGGCCGGAGGGGGGCAGAGGGAGGAGUCUUUUGGCGGUGAAAUUCAUGGAGGGAGUGGGGGGGACCAGAGAGGGGUGGGAGGGAGUGUGAAUGGAGAGGAGGAGGAGGAGGAGGAGGAGGAUGAGGGUGAAUUAUCGUCGUCCAGUCGAGGGGGUUCAAGUGUGGGGGGGAGCGUGCGGAGUGGGAGGAGUGGCAGUGGGAGAGUGGGUAGUGUGAGUGGAGGGUCAGGAAUAGAGAGGAAUGGUAGCGAUAGGAGCCUAAGGGAGCAGGCUGCUAGCCCGAGAGGGGAAGGCGUGGGGAGAGGAGGAGGGAGAGGAGGAGGUGGGGUAGGAGGAGGGAGGGGAGGUGGGGUCAGGGCAGCGAGGGGAGGAAGUGCAGGUAUGGCAAGGGCAGGUCCAGGGGGGAUGGAAAGAAGAGGAACGGGGGAGAGAGGAGGCAGAGGAGGAGGAGGAGGAGGAGGAGGAGGAGGAGGAGGAGGAGGAGGAGGAGGAGGAGGAGGAGGAGGAGGAGGAGGAGGAGGAGGAGGAGGAGGAGGAGGAGGAGGAGGAGGAGGAGGAGGAGGAGGAGGAGGAGGAGGAGGAGGAGGAGGAGGAGGAGGAGGAGGAGGAGGAGGAGGAGGAGGAGGAGGAGGAGGAGGAGGAGGAGGAGGAGGAGGAGGAGGAGGAGGAGGAGGAGGAGGAGGAGGAGGAGGAGGAGGAGGAGGAGGAGGAGGAGGAGGAGGAGGAGGAGGAGGAGGAGGAGGAGGAGGAGGAGGAGGAGGAGGAGGAGGAGGAGGAGGAGGAGGAGGAGGAGGUGGGAGAGGAGGAAUGGAGAGGAGAGGGAGUGGUGACCCAAUGGAUCAAAGUAGGGAGUGGAAUAACAGCCGGGAGUGGACGAGCACUCGUGAGGCAUCCGGGAACAGAGAGGCCACUAAUGCCACCAGGGAUACUGCUGACUCCCGGAAUACCUCUGGUGGUGCUCGAGAGGCUACUAAUUCGAGAGAGGCGUCUGGGUCUUCUAAAGACGUCUCUAUUCCUCGUGACGGGCGGGACCUGGAUCGCAGCAGGGAAUGGAAUAAUAGUAGAGAGUGGAAUAACAGUAGAGAGUGGGGCAUGGCGAGGCAGGACGCCAAGGAGAGAUCACGGCUGGGGGGAGGCUCAGGGAGAGGGGGAGGAGGGGGAGCGGGGGGGGGAGGGGGGGCCGCCCCUCCGAAGAGCAUCUUACGAGUGUCCACGUCUGAAAGUUACUCACGGCAGAACUCACAGGUGGGGGCGAGCGCAGGCGGGCAGGAGCGCGUUCCAGAGAGCCCCAGGCAUGGGCGAAUACCCCGACCCGACGGGAGAGGGGGGAAGCCUCCGCCCUCUGGGGGGAAUGCGCCAGGGGGAGGGGCAGGGGCGCCUGGCGGGCGGGCAGGGGGGGCAGGGGCGGGCGGAGGGGUUGGGACUAGCGUGGGGAGGGGGAAUCCGGGAGGGUCGGGGCUGGGGAGAGGGAGCGGGGGGAGGGGAGGGGGUGGGGGGGAAGGUGUGGGGGAGAGUAGAGGAGAGGGGGCGGGUCGGGCGGUGGGAGGGGCAGGUGAGGGGAAGCAGAGUGAGAGCUACGGGGCAGGCAGGGGUGGGGGGUCUGGGCCAGGCAACCCCGCUCCUGGGAACGCAUCCAGGGGUGGGCCUCUGGGCACUCCUGGUAGUCUCCGGCGGGUCAACAGCAGCAGCCCCUACAGCGGCAGCAGUGGCAAUGGCAGCAGUAGAAGCCCGUUGGCGGAACAGCGAGAGAGCGGCAGAGCUUCCUCUGUGGCUGCAGCAGACAGCGGGCAGGAAAGAAGCGCCGCUGGGUCAGACGGGCAGCAAAGAAAAUCCUCGCUGGGGUCCCCGAUGGAAGCCAUGCGAUCUCUCACAGACAGCCGCCCGCGCACAAGCGGAGAACUUUCUAAUCGCAUGGGGGGCACUGCUGGGAAAAUCCUGGGCCGCGGGGGGAGUGUCGGGGGAGGGGGAGGGUUAGGGGGAGGAGGGGUGCAGAGGGCGCAGUCUAUGUCCCCCCUGUGGCGCAGCACGAGCAUGGACCCGGGGUCGCUGAGUGCUGGUGGGGGCAGGCAGCCCAGGACGGGGUCGGAGCAGCGGGCAGCACAGGACAUGCGCAUGUGGAUUGAGCGGGCCAGUAACCCCAAGAUGGAUGAAUGGCUGUCGCAGCCCGUCCCACGAGCUGUAAAGAAAUCUAGCAGCAGUGGCACCACCCCUCUGGCCUCCCCUCACUUAUUGUUGCCCCUCCCCCCUCUUCCCCCUCCUGGUCGUCUCCAGCUCACCUCUGCCCGUCCCACGAGCCGUAAAGAAAUCCAGCAGCAGCGGCACCACCCCUUUAUCUAA